AUGUGCACCAAUUCACCGCCGCCGCCAUCAUCAUCAUCGGACGAUAAAAUCCCGUUAUAUGAGUUAAGUGAUGUAGGCCGCACACUGUCUAAUCAAUUGAUUUCUAUGGGUCAUCCGUGUAAUUUCGUUGUUCGUGCACCCGGACGCGUUAAUCUCAUUGGUGAACAUAUCGAUUAUAACGGUUAUGCUGUGCUCCCAAUGGCGUUGACUCAGGCUGUACACAUCGCAGUCGGGUUAAAUAAAGAACCGGUGCUUGUCUUAAGCAGUACGGAGCCUGAUUUUGAAUCAGUCACGGUCCCGGUGAGUGAAGCAAUGAAAUUCGGGUCAGACGGACCACCGAAAACAGUAAAAUGGUUUCACUACUUUAUGUGCGCCUAUCACGGGAUCACGGACUAUGUGAACGAGCAUAAACUGAACUGGAAUCCACCCGGUCUGUUCGUUCGAGUUGGUGGAGCACAAUUUGGUGGCCUGUGGCCAGCUGCCGGUUUGUCUAGUAGCAGUGCAUUUGUUGUCGGGUCUGCAAUCGCGGUCAUGCAAGCCGCCGGAGUGCACAUCGGACGGCGUGAAUUGGCCGGCCUAUGUGCUCGUUGCGAACAGUAUAUCGGAAUGCAAGGAGGCGGUAUGGAUCAGGCCACCAGUCUUCUCGGACGUCGUAACAGUGCCAUCAUGAUCGAGUUCACCAAACCGUUGAUCACUGUACACCCGGUACCCCUACCACUGGAUGUCGUGUUUGUGAUCGCGCACUCCGGUGUGCACGCUCGCAAGGCGGCCACAUCCAUGUACAAUGAACGUGUGUCCGAAUGCCGACUGGCCACCAGUGUGAGUGCACCCCUAUCUCCGGCUGAAUGUUGUGCACGGUUUCUGUUCUAA